AUGACGUCCUCUGUGGGCUCCCUAAGGCCGCUGCUGCUCGGCCUCUGCUCCGCGGCGGCGGCCCUGGCCCUGGAGCUCGUGGCCGCGGGCGGCGCCCGCCGAGCGGCCCUCGGGGCGCUGGCCGGCGCCGCGGCGGCGCACGUCUUCAGCCUGGCGCUGGCCGUGGACUACGAGGAGCAGCGCGGGCAGUGCCUCCUCGCCUACGCCUCCGCCUGCGCCGUGCCCUACGGCCUCGCCGCGGGCGUGCUGUGCUGCGGCGCCCUCCGCGGCGUGCGGCGCGCCGCGGCGGCGGGCGAGGACGAGGGCGGCCAGGAGGACCCCCCGUGUGGGUGA